AUGUUGUAUUGGACCCUGUCUGACUGGAGAGUCCUGCUCCUGAUCGGUCUGCUAUGGGAUGGCCUCUGCGUCUUGGGAGUGAAACCCACGAGAUGGCCUCUGUACUCCCAAAAGCCUUUGCUUCUGGCGUGGAAUGUCCCCACUCAGGAAUGUGGCCCAUGGCAUGGGGUGUCCUUACAGCUGGACCAGUUCCAGAUCAUCGCCACUCCAAAUGAGGGCUUUGUCAGACAGAAUCUGACCAUGUUCUACAAGGAUCGUUUGGGAUUUUAUCCCUACUUUGAGUCAGAUGAAACUCAGAUACAUGGGGGGCUCCCUCAGAAGGCCAGUCUCUCGCAGCACCUGGAGAAAAUGCAGCAAAGUGUGGAGAAAUAUAUUCCUGACCGACAGGUGGUGGGUUUAGCGGUUAUUGACUGGGAGGAGUGGCGUCCCAUCUGGAUACGCAACUGGGGCAAGAAGUCCAUUUAUCGCAGACAUUCUGUUGAGCUGGUGCGCCAGAAAAACCCAACUUGGACUGAAGAACAGCUGACGAAAGUGGCCCAGCAGGAGUACGAGAUGUCUGCCAAGAAGUUCAUGCUGGACACACUGAGACACGCCAAGCACCUGAGACCCAACCAGCUGUGGGGGUUUUACCUGUUCCCUGACUGCUACAACCACAACUACCUGCACUCUCUGGUGAGCUACACGGGUCGGUGUCCUGAUCCGGAGGAGGCCCGGAACGAGCAGCUGAAAUGGCUGUGGAAUGAAAGCACAGCCCUCUUCCCAUCCAUCUACAUGGGCAUCGUGCUGCGUUCUUCAGCCUCCGGACGUCAGUUUGUGCGGAACCGCGUGAAGGAAGGGAUGCGUUUGGCCUCAUCAGUCGAUGGGCCGGCACGUCCUGUCUUUGUCUACACCCGACCCACCUACACCGGCUCCCUGGAACAGCUGACAGAGACUGAUCUCGUCUCCACCAUCGGGGAGAGCGUUGCUCUGGGAGCAGCUGGAAUUAUCAUGUGGGGAGAUGCAGCGUAUAAUAAAACCACCUGCGCCGACCUGGAUGUUUAUCUUCGGGGCACGCUGAGUCAGUACCUCCUCAACGUCUCCACGGCAGCAGAGCUGUGCAGCCAGACCUUGUGCGGUUCGCACGGCCGUUGUCUGCGCAAAGACCCAGACAGUGACGUUUACCUCCACCUCAACCCCCUCACCCACAGCUUUAAGAGGCAAAACGGCAGGCUGGCAGUGACGGGUGAGCUCGGAGAGGAAGACGAGGUGCGUUUUCAGACAGACUUUCAGUGCCAGUGCUUCAGCGGCUUUCUGGGGGCGGUCUGCGACGAGAAAGACCCUCUGCACCAAAGAGGGACGGCGACUCGAGCCGAGACAGCUCUGCAGCGUGUUCUCUUACCGAUCAGCUUUGUGCUCCUUUUUUACACAUAACUGCAAAACAAUUCAAGC